CUCUCUCUAUCGUCCUUUCUCUCUCUUGUAUCAUCUGUGUUUAGAGGUCUGUAAUCAAGAUCACCGUCGUCAUCUUCAGAUCUCGUCGUCAUCCGACGGCAAGCAAUCGGAGAUCUCUCCUGCCUCAAUAAACGCCAAAACCCUUUUUUUAAUUUCCUUAUCCCUUUACCAUCUUAGCUUGUUUUCGAUUCCCCUUUCUGAUCUAAGAACAAACUCUGUCAAAAAUCAGAGCUUUAUUGCUUCAACAGCUAAUCUUGUUGCUUCUAACCCUAACAAAGAUGGAAGGACCAAACAUAUUAACCAGGUUCAAGUAUUCAUCGUAUUAAUGGUGUUCGACCCUUGUUUUGCUGGUGGGUGUCUUUUUUCCAGUAAUCAAACCCUAAAACUGGACCACGACUUGAGAUUUGGAAUUGGAAUGAAGAUGGAUAUAUUAUCUCCUGGUUCAUUCGGAUAAUGAUAAUAAAGUAUGUAAAAAACCCAUCAAAACUAAACAAGCAAAAACUAAAUUAGGAAACAACAAUUUGUUAGCCUUCUCCUCCUGUUCUUGUUCCUCCUACUCCUGUUCCUUCUUCUUCUUCAGUUCUUCACAGGAUGAAAAUGAUCAAACCGUGUUGGAGACCUUUUGUUGAAGAAGAUGGUGAUGAUUCGAAUGGUCAAGCUGAUGGGUUGUUAUGGUAUAAGAAUUUAGGACCAUGUUUGAGUGGUGAGUUUUCUAUGGCGGUUGUACAAGCUAAUGCCUUGUUGGAAGAUCAAAGCCAAGUUGAAUCUGGUUUAUUGAGUUUAAACCCAAAUGGUCCAUGUGGGACUUUUGUUGGUGUUUAUGAUGGCCAUGGAGGACCUGAGACAUCUCGAUUUGUCAACAACAAUCUCUUCCUCAAUCUUAAGAAGUAUACAAGUGAUCAAAAGGAAAUAUCUUCAGACGUUAUAAGAAAGGCAUUUCUAGCAACAGAAGAGGAUUUCCUCUCGAUAGUGAAGCGACAAUGGCUCGAUAAACCUCUUAUUGCGUCUGUGGGUACGUGUUGCUUAGUUGGUGUGAUAUCAAACGGGCUUCUAUACAUUGCAAAUGCAGGCGAUUCUCGUGCUGUUCUAGGAAAAGGUGAUAAGAACAUUGGAGGGGUUAUGGCUAUUCAGUUAUCGACUGAACACAACGUGAGUAUUGAGUCAGUUAGAGAUGAGCUCCGUUUAUUGAAUCCCGAUGAUCCUCAGAUCGUUGUUCAAAAACACAAGGUUUGGCGUGUUAAGGGUAUAAUACAGAUAUCUAGAUCAAUUGGGGAUGCUUAUUUGAAGAAGGCCGAAUUCAAUAGAGAACCUUUGUUGGCUAAGUUUAGGGUUCCGAAAUCCUUCUCGAAACCGAUUCUAAGUGCAGAUCCUUCGAUAUUGGUUCACAAACUGAACACUUCGGACCAGUUUGUCAUAUUUGCUUCUGAUGGGUUGUGGGAACAUCUUAGCAAUCAGGAGGCUGUGGAUGUUGUGACGAAUUCUCCGCGAAAUGGGAUUGCAAAGAGAUUGGUGAAGACAGCGAUGAGAAUAGCAGCAAAGAAGAGAGAAAUGAGAUAUUCGGAUUUAAAGAAGAUUGAACGAGGUGUGAGGAGGCAUUUUCACGAUGAUAUAACAGUUGUGGUGAUUUAUUUCGAUGAGGUGGCGGUUAUGAAGACCGCUGCUAGGAGGAGGAGGGGCGGUUGUGAAGAUGGUGGCAGUUAUUCUGUUCGAGGUUGGGGUGGAGUUUCGUCGGCUAAAUAAAAUUAAAACCGAUUAAUGAACUUGACUUGAGCAAAUAUAUAUGUAUGAACAAGGGAAGAAGAUAAAAGUAACUUCCUUUUAUGUAGAUAUUUUUUUGUUUGUUUUGAGUUAUUUCUUUUUAUUAUGAUUCCCACUUUUUUUUUUACUUCAAUGAUGAAGGAAUUUGCACUUUAUAUGA